UGGUGACGGCCGACGGGUCAGAGUCCAACUUUCUUUUUAAGUUUAGAAGUUUAUUUUCUCAUUAGAAUUUAUAAUCAAAAUAAGUUGAUUGUUUUAGAUAUAUUCUUCAUUAAUAUUAUUUAGCGCCAGGCGAAUAAAAGCAAACAUGGCAUCACAAAUCGCAAAAUCUUUGGCUAAAGUUAACCAUGUAACAUCAACGUUAAAGUUUGACACAGCUCGGCGCGCGUUAAGUGUAGCACCAACAUUGCAACAGAAGAAAAGCCUCCCCGACCCUACUGGCAAGAAUGUGGUGCUGGUGGAUGGUGUCCGCACACCAUUCCUCCUCUCAUUCACCGACUAUGCCAAGAUGAUGCCCCACGAGCUCGCCAGACAUUCCCUUGUCGGUCUCCUGCAAAAAACGGGUAUAAACAAGGAGCUCAUAGACUACAUAGUGUACGGCACCGUCAUCCAAGAAGUGAAGACUUCCAACAUAGGCCGCGAGGCGGCGCUAGCGGCCGGAUUCAGCGACCGCACGCCUGCGCACACUGUCACCAUGGCCUGCAUAUCAUCAAACCAGGCCAUCACUACUGGCGUGGGUAUGAUUGCGGCCGGCGCAUACGACAUAAUCGUGGGAGGUGGCGUGGAGUUCAUGUCGGACGUGCCCAUCCGCCACUCGCGCAAGAUGCGCUCCCUGCUCUUGCGCAUGAACAAGGCCAAGACGCCUGCGCAGAGGCUUUCGCUCAUCGCAUCCAUACGGCCCGACUAUCUCAUGCCAGAGCUCCCAGCGGUGGCAGAGUUUUCGUCGGGCGAGACUAUGGGCCACAGUGCGGACCGGCUCGCUGCCGCCUUCGGGGCCUCGCGCGCCGAGCAGGACGAGUACGCACUGCGCUCGCACACACUCGCCGCCGAGGCGCAGAAGAAUGGAUACUUUACUGACCUUGUACCCAUUAAGGUGGACGGUAAAGAUGGGCUGGUUGACAAAGACAACGGCAUUCGAGUCUCCACGCCGGAGCAGCUCGCCAAGCUGAAGCCCGCCUUCAUCAAGCCCCAUGGCACCGUCACCGCCGCCAACGCAUCCUUCUUGACGGACGGCGCUUCAGCGUGCUUGAUAAUGUCGGAGGCAAAGGCGAAGGAGCUAGGAUUCAAGCCCAAAGCGUACCUGCGGGCGUUCACGUAUGUCGCUCAGGAUCCCGUGGACCAGCUGUUGCUCGGUCCCGCCUACGGGAUUCCCAAGAUCCUGGACAAAGUCGGCCUGAAGGUCAACGACAUCGACACGUGGGAGAUCCACGAAGCCUUCGCGGGUCAAAUCCUGGCCAACCUGAAGGCGAUGGACUCGGACUGGUUCGCGCAGAACUACCUCGGCCGCCAGUCUAAGGUGGGUGUCCCGGACCUCGCCAAGUGGAACAAGUGGGGCGGCUCGCUCUCUAUUGGACAUCCGUUCGCCGCCACUGGAGUGCGCCUGGCGAUGCACACGGCGAACAGGCUCGUCCGCGAGGACGGACAGGUCGGACUCAUCGCCGCCUGCGCCGCCGGCGGCCAGGGCGUCGCCAUGCUGCUCGAGAGGCACCCCGACGCCACGCCCAACUAAACAUCACUGGAGUAGAAACCUAAUGUGAAACUACCCUAGUUAUAGAUCUUAACGAACAACUUGACCCAUUUGGCAGGGUGUGAUCGGAGUGAAUCUACUAAUAGUAUAGUCGAGGGGGGACGAAUUACGUAUCAAAUAUCGGACCCCCCCCCCCCGGCCUCACGCUAUGUGACACUCAAUUGUUACCCAUCAAUAAUAUUAAAGUGUAAUCUUGAAUCAUUUGAUUAAAUAAAAAAGAACAGUAUAGUCGGUACGUCGCAUGCGGUACCCCGCGGACAUUACUGGCGAUGGCUCAAGUUGUUUGGCGAUAGCUGUAAUAGGGCAUAUGCAAUUUUGAAUUACUAGACUGCAUGUCUACCUGUAAAAACUGUAACAAACCUACCCCGUGUUGCUAAAAAAUCGGCAUACUGAAUCUGAUAGUAUUUUGUUUCUUGGUGAGGUAAUUAUGAUCAUCCUCGUUUUAUAAUUCCAGAUGUUAUUUUCCUCUCAUUUGGUAAAGCUAUUUUGUACGUUAAUUGAAUCAUACUUAUUUUGCACCUUUAAGCUUAAAUGUAUUUAAAUAGAAACAAAGUAACUGUUCCAAGCAUCAGUGCUAAACAUUUAUAUUAAGGUAUCAAAUUUUAAAUAUUUCUUAUCAGGUUGACCUAUAAUUAGUUAUGGUUUAGUCUGGAAUAGAAAUUAUAUUUUUUUGAUUUGACUGCACACUAAGGCAUUUUGUAAUCGUGCCAAAUAUUUACUGUUAUUCAUGACUGACAUCAAGAAAUCAUUUAUCCCACAUGUUAACUUAUUUUAUUACAGUGUCACAAUAGAUGUAUCCAUAUGUGUCAAUUUAAGGAAUUUCGUUAUAUAUCCAUUGUAUAUCGUAGGAUAAUGUUGCGUAUGGACUAGUUAUAAGGUUGAAAAUUAUUUAUUAGCAAGCUAUUCUUUGUAAUAAACGAUUUAACUAAUA